CCGCGCGCCCAUUCCGCCGCGAACAGCCGGCCGCUGCGCACGUCAUUUUCCGUCAUGCUCGACCACGCGCGCCACUACGAGCAAAACAUGUGCGAGCUAUACCUCGCGCCCGCGCCGCCCGCGCCCGAGCGCCUCGAUGCAUUCCAGGUGUUCCGCAAGAGCAACACCACCCCCUACGUUUACGGCACCUACUACAACCACUACGACGCGUUCGCCGAGCCCGACGUCGAUGCCGCUGCCAACGUCUACCACAACCUGCUUAACUCGCGCGACUACCAUCGCGAUGACUGGAAGUACAAGAGCAUGGCCGAGUGGACCGAGGACGACACGCUCUCUUGGGUCGUGGACGCGGCCGCUGCGGCCCAGGGGCUCGGUUUCUGCGAGUACGACAUUCCCUUCUGCAACUUCAGGAUCCCCGGCGUCGAGCUGCGCGGCCUGAAGCGCGAGGACAUCGUGCAAAAAAUGGCGCACCUCAACAUCGACGCCGCCGUCUCGCGCAGGAUCGGAGACGUGGUUUAUGAAAAGCUGCAGGCGCGCGUUCACGAGGAGAUAAUGCGCCACUCGGGAGUGUACCGAGACACGGAGGGCGAGACGUAUGCCAGCCCCGAGACAGCGCAAACGAUGCUCGACCUGGACUCGCUGGACCACAAGAACCGGCUGUAUGCACUCGAUUACCGCGCGGCUGACGCGGCACUGCGUCUACCCUGCGACUCCAGCGACGACGACGUCUUCCGUACGUCGGACAACGCCUCGCCGGAGUACUACGGUAGCGACGGCAGCAAGUCCGGCGAUGAGGAGGACAAGCGCAAGCAGUUCAAGCGGCCGCCCGGCCGACCCAAGGGUAGCGGCCGCAAGGUGUGCAAGCGCCCGCGCAGCGUCUCCGUGCCCGAGUUCCUCAGGAACCUGCUGCUCGACCCCAAGUACUGCCCCUCCAUCAUCAAGUGGGAGGACCACUCACAAGGAAAAUUCAGGUUCGUGAAGCCGGACGAGGUGGCCAAGCUGUGGGGCACAAUGAAACAGAACGACAACAUGACGUUCGAGAAGUUCAGCCGCGCCAUGCGCUACCACUACCGACAGGCGGUGCUCGUAUCCGUGCCCACCGCGAGACUCGUCUACCAGUUCGGUCACAAGGGGCCCGACUUCAACACGGACAACCCCAACUUCAUCAAAGUCAAGUCGGAGUUCGACGUCCACGAUAUCUCACAUCAUUAGUCUGUGUUGUGAAUUUUAGCUUAAAUAAAAUGUCUGAUGAUGCUCAGUGGGAACGAAGGUGAAGCUGAUGAUGUAGGAGUGUCUCUGAGGAGAUGCGUGGAGUGACAAGUAUUGUUAUAGCUCAAUUACCUAGCAACGAUGUUUUCAAUUUAAACAUGUGCAUGUAUUGCAUAUUGAUGGACGUAUGUAGAUGUAUCGCUCAAGUAAUUGGGUAUUGGAUUGCAGUAAGGCUAUAUGUAUGGAAAUGUUUAAGGAUUCGAUGUUGUAUGUUGACAAACUCGACGUGCGGUUCGCUGGGGUUGCAUUGGUUGUGUGCGGGGAGGAGGGGGAGGGUCAAUUAUCCGCCGAAGUGUCCAUAUUAUUUUUUUAAAUGAUUUUUAUUGUAUUUAUCCGAUGGCUUUAUGAAGUCGCGUCGUCGAGGUGUUUCGAACUUUUAAAGGUUGUUUAGAUCUUACAAAUUUUGAUAUAAUAUUUUUGAUGUUUCAUUGUUGUUACCAUUAGUGAUAAGUGUCGUAUCGUAUGAGUACAUACGCGUCGGGACGUGUGCUCGAAUAAACUUACACAUUCCGGUAGAGGUUAAGUAAUCCCUAGGCUAGGCUAGGCUAGGCUAGGUUAGCUCCAGUUGCCAUAAUUAUUGUUCGUUUAUAAUUUAUAUUGUACUUAAUUUGGAAUUUAUGUUUAUAAUUUCCAUGAAAGUUGUGUGAUUGAUAUAUGAUCAUGAUACAUAAUAUACUAUUAUAUAUUUUUAUAUAGUUAUAAAUGAAAUACUUUGUCACAGUUAAAUUAAUUGUUAGUUGUAAGAUGUAAUGUUAUGUGAAGUUAUUGUUUGGCGCGAUGUGCAAUAAGUUAAAUGACAUGAGAAAAGAUCUGCAGGCCAAAGAUUAUGUUGUACAAGUCGGUUCACGUUAAAGUAAAUUAUGUUUGCGACAAUCUUAUUGUACCGAGUAAGUUUAGAAUUAAGUUUAUGACUCUCAGGCAUUUGCUGUGAUCUAAAAUAGUACAUAAACCAUUUUUAUUGAAUUAUUCUUCGUAUUUGUGCUUUUUUUUAAAUUCAUCGGGUGCAAGAUGACGCAGGUGGAUAGUGUUCCAUAUACCUACAUAAAUAUAAAACAUUAGAACACACACACACACACACACAGAUGAAAUCAAUGUUUACAAGCUGUGCUAUAAUUUGCUAUAAAAUGACGUAUAGUUAUUAGUUCAAAUUUAUUUCAGUACACGAAAGUAUGACGAUAGUUAGGUCCCGCUCCAAAAAAGUCAAUUGUAUACAGGAUUUGAAAAAAAAACACAAACAGUACAAAUUCUGUGUCUUAUAAAUAAUGUUAUAUGUUCAAUGUAAGACUCACGCUGCACGCCAUGUGCUAAACGUGUUUUGAUAAAGUUUUAUAUACCAUUGCUAUAUACAGGCAAAUCAAAAUGUUUAAUAUCUAGUCCAAAUAACGAUAAUAUCACAAAAAUAUAUUUAUUAUUUAUACACGGCUUUAUUUUGGACUUAAUGAUUGUUUCAAAUAAAUAAAAUACAAAAAAAAUAAUAAUAAUAGAGUUAAUACGCUUUUACAGUAAUUCGAAGAACACGUAGAGCGGUGUGAUGCAUAAAAUGUGAAAUCAUUGUAUACAAAGGUUUAGCCACACACAGUACGUCACAGGGAUGCGAUGUGCAACACAAUUGUGUUCAUAUAAAAGCCCAGUUUAUUCACCCAGUGACACAACUUACCGUGAUUCAUGACUUUCCAACUACACCGUAUCGUGUGCUGACUACGAGCUGCCACUGACUGACUGACUGACAAACAUUCAUCUAUUGUUUUAUUUCCAAACUACGAGAAUGAGCGCUCGGACUUAGCCCAUGAAUUACAUGUAUGUAUUUGUAAAACAAAACGUAACUGAUAUACGUAAAACUAAGGCAUGAUGUAAAAUUAACAUUUAUGGAGUGGUUAAUGGAGAAAUUCAUUAAACUUGUUAAUUAAAUAAGAGUUCUGCUACAAAGAGAUUAUUGUAGAUCCAUUUUUGAAAGUUGUGUUAAUCAUAGAAAAGAUAUGUUGCAUAAUAUAUUUACAUUUUAUUUGUUCUACAAUUUUACAAUAUUCUUUUAAAGAUAUUAUAGAUAAUAUUAAUAUGUAAGUUCACGUAAAGUCUGUUUCGUUUCCAGUAUAUUAUAUUUGUUUAGUUUAGUUUAUUUGUUUACUUUUAGUCCUGGAUAUGUCCUGGUGUUAUAGUUGUUUGUGCAUAGUGUAAGUGAGCCAGACGCCGACCAAUGUGCAAUCGAACAGAGUUUUAUGUUUACUGAUUGUUUCAUGUUGUUGAUGACGAAUACACGAAUUAUGAAUGUCA